UUUAACUUAUAAAAAAAAGCUUGCCGGUUUGAGCAAUAACGAUUUCUUCUGAAUUCAGAGUCAAUAUAGCAUUUUUAGUUUACUAUGCCUGUCGAAUCCGUUGUGGAAGAACAACAGAAGGAGACAGAAGCUCCAGUGGACAGAGAAAAGACAUGUCCUUUGUUACUGAGGGUAUUUUGUAACCAAGGUAGACACCAUCAAUUGGGUGAUUUUCAGAGGGGACAGACACCAAGUAAUGAACUUCAAAUUUAUACAUGGAAAGAUGCAACAUUGAAGGAAUUAACAAGUCUAGUAAAAGAAGUAAAUCCAGAUUCUAGAAGAAAAGGAACAUUUUUUGAUUUUGGCAUAGUUUAUCCAGAUUUAAGAACACCAGUGUACAGACUUCGGGAAAUCGGUACAACCUGUUCUGGUCAUAGAGGUCAAGAUGAUAAUGUUACUUUAGCAUCCAAAAGAUUUCAGACAGGAGAUUAUAUUGACAUAGCAGUAACACCACCAAGAAGUGGUCUUCCAAUGAGAAGAGGUGGUCGGCCAUUUUGAAUUUAAUGUAAAGAUAUUUUAUACUUGAUUUGUGAAUUGACUUUUAAAAGUUGAGAAAAAGAAUGGUCGACAGAGAAAACAGGUCAGAGGAAGGCAGCUGAAAUAUAAAUAAAAGGAGAUGAAAUUCUCAUAUCAAAUAUGCAAUGUUGGGGACAAAAUUUAUAUAACAGAUAUUUU